GUCUCCACAAAAAUGGAGACGAUGUCAAAAAUUUGAGGCACGUUUUAAUGGUUGAGCUUUUACCCUAUGAAUGUCCUGCCGUAAGGACAGUGCGCUACGCUCCUUCCUGCCGAGCACUGGGUCUAGGAGGAAGAGGAAGACAGAUUCAUAGUGACAGAGCGAGGCGGAGGGGGAGGACACAGGUAAAAUGGACAGGUAACAGAAAUCCAGGCUCCGUUCCGACAGUAAGUUGUCGUUGGUAGAAUGACUGAGUGCUUCCUGCCUCCCACCAGUAGCCCCAGUGAACAUCGGAGGGCUGAGCAUGGCGGGGGACUGGCUCGUACACCAAGCUCAGAAGAAAUCAGCCCCACAAAGUUUCCUGGACUGUACCGCACUGGAGAACCAUCGCCUCCUCAUGACAUCCUCCAUGAGCCCCCUGAUGUAGUAUCUGAUGAUGAGAAAGACCAUGGCAAGAAGAAAGGGAAGUUUAAGAAGAAGGAGAAGAGAACUGAAGGUUAUGCUGCCUUCCAGGAGGACAGUUCCGGUGAUGAAGCAGAGAGCCCGUCCAAAAUGAAGAGGUCCAAGGGAAUCCAUGUAUUCAAGAAACCCAGUUUUUCUAAGAAGAAGGAAAAAGACUUCAAAAUAAAAGAGAAACCUAAAGAAGAGAAGCACAAAGAAGACAAGCACAAAGACAAGAAGUCCAAGGACCUAACUGCUGCAGAUGUAGUCAAGCAAUGGAAAGAGAAAAAGAAAAAAAAGAAGCCCACCCCAGAGCCAGAAGCACCACCUGUAGAUGUGCCCAGGCUGAGGCCGGUGUUCGGUAUUCCACUGGCUGCAGCUGCAGAAAGAACCAUGAUGUGUGAUGGGAUCCGGCUGCCGGCAGUAUUUCGGGAAUGCAUAGAUUUCAUUGAGCAACAUGGCAUGAAAUGUGAAGGCAUCUACAGAGUGUCAGGAAUCAAGUCAAAGGUGGAUGAGUUAAAAGCUGCCUAUGACCGUGAAGAGUCUCCAAACCUUGAUGACUAUGAGCCUUACACAGUUGCCAGCCUACUGAAGCAAUACUUGCGUGAGCUACCUGAGAAUGUCCUCACCAAAGAAUUAAUGCCUAAAUUUGAAGAAGCCUGUGGCAAGAGCAGUGAGGCAGAGAGGCUGCAGGAGUGUCAGCGGCUGUUGAAGGAGCUGCCAGAUUGCAACCUUUACAUGAUUUCAUGGCUCAUUGUGCACAUGGACCAUGUCAUCGAGAAAGAACUUGAAACUAAAAUGAACAUACAGAAUAUUUCAAUUGUGCUGAGCCCAACAGUUCAGAUCAGCAACAGAGUCCUGUAUGUAUUCUUUACACACGUGCAAGAGUUGUUUGGUGGAAUGGUUAUCAAGAAAGUGGUAAAACCUCUUCGUUGGUCUAAUAUGGCUACCAUGCCUGCCCUGCCUGAAACUCAAGAAACUAUCAAAGAGGAAAUUAGGCGGCAGGAAUUUCUCUUAAACUGUUUACAUCGGGAUUUGCAGGCUGGCAUAAAAGAUUUGUCUAAGGAAGAAAGGCUGUGGGAGGUGCAGAGAAUUUUAACUGCGCUUAAAAGGAAGUUGCGAGAAGCUAAAAGGCAGGACUGUGAAACCAAAAUUGCCCAAGAAAUUGCCAGCCUUUCAAAGGAAGAUGUCUCCAAAGAAGAAAUGACAGAAAAUGAGGAGGAGGUCCUCAAUAUACUGCUUGCCCAGGAGAAUGAGAUCCUCACAGAGCAAGAAGAGCUGGUAGCAAUGGAGCAAUUUCUGCGACGUCAAAUUGCUACAGAGAAAGAAGAAAUAGACCGUCUGCGGGCAGAAAUCUCAGAGAUACAAAGUCGCCAGCAGCAUGGUCGAAGUGAAACUGAGGAAUAUUCAUCAGAGAGUGAGAGCGAAAGUGAAGAUGAGGAAGAGUUACAGAUUAUUCUGGAGGAUCUUCAGCGGCAGAAUGAAGAGCUGGAGAUUAAGAACAACCAUUUGAACCAAGCCAUUCAUGAGGAGAGAGAAGCAAUCAUUGAGCUGCGUGUGCAGCUCAGGCUGUUACAGAUACAGCGCAUAAAAUCCGAGCAGCUGCAAGAUGAAGAGGAGCCAGGGAAAGUGGGCAGCAGAUCCCAGCUGCAGAGAGAUGCCACCUCUGAGACAAAGACCAAGGAGCAAGUGAGACCCUCGCCAAUAAAAGACUGGAAGGAAACAGUGAUUUGAGAAAAAGUGAAUCCCAUGUAAAGUGCUCAUUAACCCUUACAAGCCAAUGCUAUGGUUUUUAUUUGACACAGGCACUCCUUCAUGUUCCAGUCUGUUCUUUGGGUUCUGGCUUUUCUGGGGUUACUUAUAUAAAAAAAACAAUGCUUUUGUACACAGAUUAAUGGUGAGAAAAGAAUGUUGUUUUUUUUGAAUGACUGGACUCAUGGCAAGUGUACCAGAAAUGUGGCUAGGAAUUUUUUAACACUUAUUUUUAGGUGAUUUUAUGAUGCAGAUGUUACCAGGCACACCAAUCUAUAUUAUUUAUUCAUGAGUUACCUUGGCAUCAGAGCAGCUUUAACAUUAUAAGGUUUUUUUUCUUUGUAUUUACAUAAGCCAGGGAUUUUGCAGCUGUGAAUGCACCUGUUUGAGACUACUACAAAUAAAACUUUUAUUAUAUUGG